UUUUGUGCGACAUCUGAAGCCUGAGAUGCUGAUGACCAUGCUGCUGGCUCCAGUCUGUGUGCUGCUGACGCUGGGAACGCGUGCUCUUGCUGGAGGCUAUCCCCCCAUCGCCCACAUGAAGUACAUGCAGCCCAUGAUGAAAGGGCCUAUUGGACCCCCGUUCAGAGAAGGCAAGGGACAUUACGUUGAUAUGCCACCCAUGAUGGAAGUCAAGGGGGAACCAGGCCUCCAAGGCAAACCUGGACCUAGAGGCCCCUCAGGGCCAGAAGGAAUUCCAGGCAAACCUGGACUGGGCAAGCCGGGUCUCAAUGGCCAGCCAGGUUCUCAGGGGCCUCCUGGUUUUCCAGGAAUGGGUAAGCCUGGACUUCCAGGUCUCCCAGGAAAGAUUGGACUAAAGGGGAUGCCUGGACUUAAUGGCGAGGUUGGCCCUCGUGGUGAACCAGGUCCCAGAGGUUCUUCAGGGCAGCCCGGCCUCCCUGGCCCAUCUGGCUUGUCUCUAAAUGGGAAACCUGGACUUCCAGGAAUGAGAGGUCCCUUUGGGGCUCGGGGUGAACCGGGAACAAAGGGUCUUUCUGGCCCACCAGGUGAACGUGGGUUUAAGGGCGAGAAUGGAAAUGGAAAGCCAGGGCCUUCAGGUAUAAGGGGUCCUCCUGGGCUAAAAGGCAGUUCAGGACCACCUGGUCUUCCAGGUAUAGGCAAACCAGGCCUAAAAGGUUUGUCUGGACUGCCUGGUCUUAAAGGUGAUCAAGGACUCCCAGGGGAACAAGGAGAACCCGGAGAGUCUGGGGCUCCAGGUCUACAAGGUCUGCCAGGACCAGUUGGGCUAGGGAAGCCUGGGCAAGACGGACUGCCUGGAGGACCAGGUCCACUAGGUCCAAAAGGUGAGCCAGGGACCAGGGGUUCUCCUGGAUUUCCUGGCACUCCUGGUUAUGGAAAACCUGGUUUGAGUGGGCCUAAAGGAGAAAAGGGCUAUGGUGGGUUGCCUGGUCUCCCAGGGGACAAAGGAGAGCAAGGAAUGUCGGGCCCGAUUGGAGAACUCGGCCUUGAUGGGCAAUCAGGACCACCAGGUCUUCAAGGCCCAAUGGGACUGCCUGGAAAACAUGGAAUGCCAGGACUGAAGGGAGAGCUGGGGCCCCAGGGCCCUCCGGGACUUCCUGGCCUCAGAGGUGACCAAGGCCCCACUGGAUCCUUUGGAAAACCUGGCAUCCCUGGAGAGAAAGGCAUCCCUGGGCCUAACGGUUCUAUUGGAAAACCUGGACCCAAAGGUGAUGGAGGGCAUAUUGGCCUACCUGGCAAUCCAGGGUUGACAGGUGCUCCAGGGCCGAAAGGUGAGGGAGGGUUUAUAGGAACUCCAGGACCCAGGGGACAGUCAGGAAUUCCUGGUCUACAGGGGCCCAUGGGUCCCAUGGGGCCACAGGGUGGCCCUGGCCCAAAGGGUGAAUCCGGACAUCCAGGGUCUCCAGGACUGGGUAAGUUCGGAGAGAAGGGAAAUAUAGGUCCCCAGGGUCCUCCAGGGAAACCAGGCCCUUCUGGGCUCAAUGGUAACCAUGGCGCUCCUGGUCCUCCAGGGCCCCCCGGUCCUCCAGCAAAUGGCCAAACAGUUGUUGCAGGGCCAACAGAUUCACAGUUGGAAGGGGAUGAAGUACCAGGGGACAGGAAAGGGCCUGCAUACAGUCAAGUCCCACUCUCUGCCUCUGUGGCACCAGCCUUCACAGCCAUCCUCAGCACACCUUUCCCCCCCUCUGCCAUGCCAAUCAAAUUUGACAGGACCCUCUACAAUGGGCAAAAUGCCUACAGCCCUGCUUCUGGCAUGUUCACCGCUCCUUUAUCUGGUGUCUACUACUUUGCAUACCACAUGCACGUAAAGGGAACAAGCCUGUGGGUGGCACUGUACAAGAACAAUGUGCCAGCUACUUACACCUAUGAUGAAUACAAGAAAGGCUACAUGGACCAGGCGUCCGGUAGUGCUGUCCUAGAGCUGAAGGAGGGUGAUCAGGUAUGGGUCCAGAUGCCCUCGGAUCAGGCAAAUGGCCUCUAUUCUACCGAAUACAUUCACUCCUCCUUCUCAGGAUUUCUGCUCUGUCCCACAUAACCCUGUCCUUUCACUCAUGUUCCUGUAUUGGCACCUCAGAGCAGCCCUAAACCUGAAAUACCUACAGCCAUUAACAGAAACACAAAACCCAUAGGAUUCUCAAUAUUUUUGCCAUCAUCUUGAUCUGUCUCACCCUCAGCAAUAUCAGCGAAAGAAAAAACAAAACUUUGUGAAUGAAAUAUGGAAAGUUUUAAAAAGCAGGGGAAAGAAUUUCAUACUGUGUUCUUCGUUUCAAUGUCCUUCAAAUGUGUGUUUUUGGGUUGUAAUUGAUGAUGGUGUUUUUUAGCUUAUAUUAUUUUAAUUAUUAUAUUGUCAUAAUUUUAUUGUUAUUAUUUGGUCCUUUGUCGUCAUUGUUGUUGUUGAUCGGAUUCAGACUAUUAAGUGCCUUACUUUGUAAUGUGCUAGUAACAGACCUUCCCAUGUGACUGCACAUCCUGCCCACAAGCUCUGACAUCACCAGGCCCUGGGGGGUGAUUGGUUGGUCUGGCUGCAGUCACGUCCCCCUUGUGUUCCUAUUUAAACCAUUGAAUGGCAAUACUGACAUAAAGAGCAAUGACACAACAUCGGAAAUAUAGACAGACGAUAGCAAAACAAGGCAUUUUGUGCUGAAAUACGAUUACUUUUCACGUUUCUUUUGUUUGGCCUUUAUGGUACUCUAAACAAUUGCUACGUUAAAAUUAUUAAUGGGAUUAAAUCUUUGUUUUAAGAGUGAGAUAUAUAUUUUGACAAUUAGUUGGCAUCUGUAGGAUGCUUAUUUCUCUGCUUCUUUCUGAAUUUGGUUGGCGACCAUUUAAGAUGACCUUUAUCUUUUUUUUAAUAUAAUUUAUUGAACUGUCCAGAAAUGCAAUCCAAGAGUAACUAUGACCUCACAGUAUUAGACUUUAUAAAAUUGAACCUGCCCUGUUUAAGUGGAUAAUGCGCAAGAUUUUUUUUUUUUUAACUUUCAGGAUAAAAUUAAUUAAGGAUGAUAUGUAUGCAUACAGUCAAUGUUUACAUGCCAUAGAAUAGAUACUGAGAGCAACUGAAAAAUGGACGGUAAGGACACAAAUCCAGCAGGAUUAAUGGCCUGUUUCCUUGUAUCGAUCCCAUUUUUCACAAAUGCACUGCAAAUCCCAUCACGGUGUCGCAGGCAUUCCCUUCAGACACUCUGAACAUGACAUCACCGCUUUCUAAUGGUAUACUACCUAUUCCAAGUGAGCAAUCUCUGCUGCCAUACUCUAAAGGCCCCAUUUCUGACCACAUUUUGCUAAAUCUGUGAAGAGGCUGCUUUUGGAGAAAUAGGGAUGCAAAUGGUUGACAAACAAAGUACAUCCACUUCUUCCUUCAAUGGCAGUUUCUGUGCAACUUGUUGUUGCUGGGCAAACGAGAGCAAUUCUGAAUCGUUGGUGAAUGAAAUUGUUUUCUAUUAAUUCCCAAACCAUUGUGUCUAAAAUAGCAGAAUUGUUGUUUCGCUUCAUGGAACAUCCGUGGUUACAAGGACAAGAUGUCUCUCAGAGCCCGAAUUAUGUCAAAAAUAUACAGCCGGAAACGAGAAUCAAUCUGCAUUCACUCCAUGAAUAAGUAAAGGGACUGACUGAGGCCCACAGGUUGUGAAAUACAGGUUGUGUAACAUUUAACAACCCCCUGCCAGAUUUCUGGGAGAGGUGGGCCAGAGGUGAGAGUGGUGUAUUUACUCAUUUCUGUUGGAUGAGGUAUUAAGGAUACAUGCUCUGUGUGUGUAUGCGUGUGCUCGUAUGUUCUGGUAGGUGUACCCUUCUGUCUGUCACUAUGUCAAUAUACGUGUGUGUGUGUGUGUGUGUGUGUGUGUGUGUGUGUGUGUGUGUGUGUGGGUGUAGUUCACAUUGUCCCCCUGGCAUUCAGGUCAUGAACACUUCAGCGAGAAUAAUCACAAACUCGAAUGAAGUUACAAAACCUUAGGAAGAGCAUACAGUCCUGUUAAUGUUCCACAUGUAUUCUGACUCCUAAAUCUCUCGGCCUGCUUUGGGCUUUAAAGAAGAAAUGCACACACUGCCUUUGCAAAGUAAGGGAACAAGUUCUAAAUAAAAUAGGUGAAGGUAACGAGUAGAUUACGGGAGAUGACAUCAAAAUAAUGAGAUAAGAAGACAGCAUUUACUAAACGUAAAUUACUGGUUGACACUGAAAGCUUUUGACUGUUUUGCAUAUUGGUCCAAUGAAUGGCAUAAUGGUGUGCAACAUUUAUUGUCACAUACCAAGUCAUGAACAGAAAAAAAACGACACUCUGGUGAAGUGUGCAAAAUCUUUCAUCACGGUUGCAUUUACAGAAGUGAGGAGGUUUGAGCAAACUUGAGAAAAGUAGCUUAAAUUACAGAGCGAUUGCCGUGCCUUUACUCAUGCCGCCCAAACGCUAUCGUUACACUGAAUUUAGGGACUACCUUACAUCUUGAUGGAGGAAUGUCAAUGUACAGUAUAGGAUUGGGCCAGAUAUUGAGCUGUUCAAUCAGAAUGAAUGUAAUACUGUUUGACUCACUUACAAUAGUUUCUAUAAAUCAUCCACCAUGCUGUGUCACGAUACAUAAACAGUAGCUCUUCUGGAAAAGCAGUGCUUGGAAAAGGCCUAAUCAGUAUUUUAAGUCUAUGUAAUGCAAACAGUGCACUUGCUCUUGCCCUUUCCUUCUCAUAACAUGAAAACACAUCCAACUGCUACGUAUAUCAUUAUUGUCAUGUGAGUCUACAAGACUGUCCAAGGCUGGUUGUGUACUGUAUGUUGCCUUUUUUUUGUCGCCUUCUAUUUUUGGACAUAUGAAAUGGUGAUGUGAGUUACAUGUGGCUAUAACUCUCUGUCCUUGUGUUUUGCUUGCAGAGUUUGCCCUGUGUGUGCAAAUCAGUCAACGAGUGUCAGUAAGAUUCAUGUACCGUCUCAAUCACAAGUUGCUUUGAAGUGUUUUCUGCUUUUCUUUAAAAAAAACAACAUUUUUUUAUUUUUUAAAGCCUUGCUUCGGUUCUUAAGGGAUAUUUGUUUGUUUUAGUUUCAGUAAAUACAAACGGCCAUUCCCAUUUGCACAUGAAAUUAAUGAAGAUGUAUUUAUACAUUUAUGAUUUUAAUAGGGAUGCCAAAACCGACCACCGAAGCCUAGAACGUAUACAUGGUAUUUAACAGCAUUGAUGAGUUAAGAGCAUUUACGACAUGUAGUUAGCAUUCUAGAGUUGUUUGUGAAGGAUUAUUUGAUGACUUUUGUUUUCUAUUUGAGUAAUGUACAAUGUAUCAACUUAUAGGAUUUUUUUUUGCCAUACAAGGCUAUUGCGUGCACUCUAUGCAAUAGAAUUUGGGUAUAAAAUGCACUCUUUUUGAUUGAAAAUGUUUGUCUGCUUAUACAAAAUCUACAGUACUUGAUUGUAUUGAUACCACAUCAAU